AUGCCGUUUGAAGCUAAAGAGCAUCUUAUCGCAUAUAAUACUGAAGGACAGGGGGAGGACAAGCAUGUAUUUCAUAGAGAGUGGGAACAUAAUUGUAAAAGCUGUGUGUUAACGCGCUCGUGUGCCGUAUGUGCUGCAGAUGAUGUGUCACGCGUGAAUAUGCUACGCUUUAUUCUGGACUGCCUGCGGCCGGCACGAGCGCGCGCUGCAGCCGCGACACGGGACACGGAGCUUGAGGCUCAGGUCAACACUUCAGACGAUAAUGAAAUCAAGGGUCUGCAGGAUGAGGUACACACGGAGCAGGAGACUCUUCAGACGGUCAAGGCUUUGCGCCGUAACACACAGGAGACCGAGGAGAUGCUGAAAGAGAAGAAGACACAGCUGAAGGAAGAACUGCAGAUGAUCUAUGACCUCCAGAAACAGGAGAGAGAAGUGGUUAAAAACAACCUGGCUGAGCUGGUUGCUGGCCUUAUAACUGGUGAAAGUUCAGUGGCUGAGAUGACAGAAGCAGCUCAUUGUGUCGUUUUGAGCCAGGAGUUGGAAGCACAUGUGGAUGUUGUCGAAAGUGAGUGUGAUCAUGUCCUCAGUGAGAAGAUCACGUCCAAAGAGGAACGAGAGGACGUGAAUGACGUUGAGCAGGAGAACACUGUAGAGGAGCUUGAUAAAAUGCAGUGUUCAAUGGAGAACUUGAAGAGCAGUGGCUCGUCAUCUUUCACUGAGAUCACACUGACAGAGGUCAAAGAGGAGGAUGUUAUGUUCAGAUCAACCACUCCACAGUCUGACUCUUCUGACAUGGAGAAGGAAGACUUUGAGAUCAUUCAACCCAGUCAGGCGACAAACAGACAGUUUGACUUCUUCCAUCCAAACCCCUUCACUGAUGGUGAUGUAUUUGGAGAUGACCAUUUUCCAAAGGUUGAUGUGACAGAGCAAUUACCCAGGGACCCGUUUAAAGGCACAGACCCUUUUGCCUCUGACGCUCUCUUGGUUAACAUGUCAGAAGAAAAGGAUGGUCAGGAUGACUUCAUCCCUGCAGAGAACAGUCUUCCAGAAACUGUACACUACCCUCUCCAAUCCGUCGUUAAAGACUACGGUACCUUUAACGCUCCCAUCAACAGGCCACAGUCCACUGGAUGCAGGAGUCUCAAAUCUGGCAGCGAUGUAGAUUCUGAGUGUGGGACAAACGCCACACCAGGCCAAAAUGGUGAUGCUGUGAAACCAGAUCUAUCAAACGAAGCUUUGAGUCCUCAGUUCGAUGAAGAGUGGGUCCAUGAAUCAGAUUCUAGUCACAGUUCUACUGUGUUUAAUUCCAUUGAUGCCGAUUCCAAUGUAUUCGCUGAAGAGGAGGAGGACAGGGUUGACGUUCAGACUGGAUCCGGUUUAAUUAAAAGAGCUAACUCACUGUGUGGUCUACAGAGCAUCAUUGCAGGUUCUUAUACUGGGUUUCCUCUAAGUCCAUGUGACCCUGAUCCACUCCCAGGCGAUUUCCAGAAGACCUUUGAACAUCAUAUUACCACUUCUGAACAAAAUGCUGCGAAUGCCGAAGAACUCGGAAAUACUGAGAGUUUAUCUCCAGAUAACAGUACAGGUCCUCUGUGUGAACAGCUGCAUGAUAUAAAUAGUAAUCCCUCUAGCUCUCCUUCCAUUUCUCCUUCUCAACCUUCUGCUUUAGACGAAUGCGACUACAAAUAUGGAGAUAUGUUCUUCUUCACUGUGAGAUUAGAUCCUGGUAGCCCUGAACUACAUAAUCAAAGUCCGGCUUGUCCUGAGCCCAAAGAUGAGUCCCACGGCCAAAUGCAUUGGAAGGACGCCUCUUUGAGCCCUGAAUUCAAUGAUAUAGAUGAAUUUGAAUGUUCCAGUCCAAAGCCUGAAGACAUAGAACAACAAAACCAGAUCACCAAUGACCAGAACACAGUGGAGCUGGAGAUCGUGACAAGCAGUGACCCUCCUAAGCAUGAUGAGAUAUUAGUGCCUGAUUGUGAAAAGGAGGUUUUAGAUAUUCCAAGUCUUACAUUUGAGGAUUCAAAUGCUUGCCAAAGUGUGCUUGAUUCAGAGUGGAAUGACCAAUGGACGGCAAAUCCAGAUGUAGUUGAACCUGUUCCUGAUUCAUCCAUCCUGGACACAGAAAGCAAUCCGUCUAAUUCUACAUCUCAAGACCUCUUUUGUCUGUUCAGUAACACAGAAACAUCAGCUACUGACCGGUUUUAUGCCCAUGAGCAACUCAGCCCUGAAUCCAGUAGCUCACAAUACAAACCUUCAUCCUCUGAAGGCUUGGUCAUGAGUAAACUUGAACUCCAGUAUUUUGACCCAUUUAGUCCCAUACCUGCUGAGCCGGUCGAAGGCGUAUCUGACUUAGAAGAAAUGAACACUGUUAACUCGUUCUGUCAUGAAGCUCCAAGACUAGAUUCUGGUUAUCAUGAAGUUGGUACUCCUACUCCUUUUAGUCCAGAACCUGCUGACAAAACCAAAUGUAGCAUUGAUCUUCAAGGCCUAGGUUUGGAAGCCAGAAAGCAGAGCAACUCUGAAAUCCACGUCCCUGAUCCAUUUAGCCCCGAAUCAGUCGAUACAGGGAUAUUUGACUCGGAAACGGAAAACUGUGAGUCUGGUUGUAUGAUUACGACAUGUCAACUCUUAAGUCCUCAACCACUUUACACAGAUUUAAAUAAUCUGGAGGAGAAGCCGAUAUCCGUGUCCUGUGACGUGCUAAGUGAUCAUCUCAGUGAUUGUUACCCCUUUGGUUCUUGCCCAUCUAAUGAAGAGAGCUAUGCUUACAGUAAUGAAGAAAAAAUCAUCGAACCAAUCCGAGAAGGAUCUGAUGCUUCGCGAGAAUCCAAACCUAGCUCAAUAGUGUCAAAUGCUAGUGAUUCUUCUCAAGUAUUUCACUGUGGUUCGGUGUGGGGAACCUCUGAAAUGAGCUUUCCCAACACUGAAGUGCUCGACCCAAUGAAAAACAACAUUUUUGAUUUUAAUACAAUGGAUGUUGGAUCAUUUGUGUCUGACGUAAGCCAACAAGUUGAAGAGGCUACACAUGGUGCUGGAAAAGUACUGAAAAACACAGACCUGACUGAAAUGGACUAUUUCUGUUCUGAGCUCAGUAAAAUGGUAUCCUCAAGUUCAUCUGAUUCUGUUCAACAGAGCGUGGCUGAGAUGUUAUUCGGCGCUGAUCCAAACACCUCAAGCUUUUACCCCUGGGAUUUUGAAAAGCCACAACACAGUUGUUAGUUUUCACACCCAUUGUGCUUUAAUCGGUCUCAUUAAAUCACGGUUGCAUUUUCACAUGACUUUUCCAUUGUUAUAUGGGGAAAAAAUAAGUGUCUAAGUGUAAACGAUUGUAAAUGUCAAAGUGUCUAAACUUCAUGUGACUCACUUUUGUAGUUGCAUUUCUA